AUCAAUGUCUCCAACAUGGCCAUGCACAUUGUGAUGCUGCUCAUUGGCCUCUGUGGGCUGGCUGGGAACGGGGUGUUCCUCUCGCUCCUGCACGUUAAUGCCAUCACUGACUUCAUAUUCUAUCAGGCCAUCACUGACUUCCUCUUCCUCAUCUUCAUGUUGCCCUCCACCCUGGUAUUCCUUGUGGAGGAGGUUUCCUGCUCGGCUACAAUGCCCUCAAUAUAUAUGAACCUGCUUUUCCAGCUGUCACUGUUCACCUACAAUAUAGGGCUGUACCGGCUGACAUUCAUCAGCAUUGAGAGGUGCAGGUCCAUCCUCUGCCUGUUUUUUUGUGGUUGCCAACUUCCUGAGCACCUGCUGAGGGUGGUGAUGAGUGUCUUGUACUGGGCCCUCCUCUUUGUUGUCAUCACUGUCAAUCCUACGGUGACUUCCCUGUGCCAGUCACACGAGCAGGAGCAAUGUCGGGUGAUUCUCACUUCCAUGUACGCCCUCAGCCUCUUCCUAUUUGCAGCACCAAUGGUUAUUUCCAGCACAAUUCUCUUCAUUCAUCGCAAGCCUGGCUUACAGCAGCAGCCACUAAAGACGCUUGACAUUGUUAUCUUCCUUGUUGCACUCUUCAGUCUGCCCCUCAGUCUCUGGAAUUUACUGCAGCAGCUCGGUUACACCAUUGUGCCCUCCCAGGUGGUUUUCCUGCUCACCAGCAUCAACAGCAGCAUCAAACCCUUCAUCUGCUUCUUGGUGGGGAGCUGGAAGAGAGACUGCUCCAUGGGGAGCUGCUGGAGGCACUGCUCCAUGGAGAGCUGCAGGAAGUACUUCUCCAUGCAGUCCCUAAGGGAGGCGAUCCACAGGGUCUUUGGGGACCCAGAAGAAAACACUGACUGUAGAGAUGAACCUUCUGUGGACACAGGGGUCUGA